UAAAUAUAAUACAAAGAUAAAUGACUUGUCUUAGAAGUAUUACAUCAACAAAAAGAAAUCUGAAGCUAAAAUCAUUUAUGGUGAUAACUGCAAUAGAAACAAUAGUUCUCAUUUAUUACUGCAACACUUUACAAAAUACUCUAAAAGACGUUUCCUCAGAAGUAAAAAAUUUCUUACAUGCUGGUCUUGGCAAAUAUUCAACAAAUACCGUAUGGAGAAUAUUUUGGAAUCAAUUUCAACAACAUUAUUACUGCUGUGGUGUUUCCCAAAGUAAUGAUUGGUUCCAAACAGCUUGGGUAUCACCGAUGGUUUUAUCAUCAUUUUCUCUAUUUAAAAAAUACAUACAAAACAAUAAUAAAUUAUUUAUAUCAGUGGCUCCUUUAUCUUGUUGUCGACCCAAUAUGACUUGCAAUGUAUUUGUAGAUUUUACACAACCAGAUCUAAACAAAUAUUAUCAAAAUGGUUGCUUUACAAUAAUAUCUGAUGCAAUUAACUCAAUAGAAUCAACAAAAUACAUAUAUUUUAGUGUAAUAAUUAUUCAAGUAUGAUCAAUGCACAAAUAUUUCAAAUAAAUUAAA